CCGCAAAACCAGAUUGGAUGAAACGGUCGAGAUGAAAUGGAACCAUUUUCGUUAUCCUUUAGACCGAGUCUGAGUAUGAGCUUGGGCAUUAUCUCUUUCCCACUUCCGAGUCUGGAAACUUGUUCGAUGGCCACUUUCCUCCGAUCUCCACCUUUGCGCGCGCCAACACCAAAACCUUCAUACGUUUUGUCUCGACACUUGACCCCUCAGACCUCUCUUCUUCCGUCCCUCCCCUCCCUCAACCUGUUCCCGUCGGCUUCUCACCGUCAAAUUCAACCCACCAAAUUCGUCGAGAUAUCCCAACGAGAAGGACUAGCAUUGGAAAUCCAGACCUCAAAAAAUUUGCAGAAGCUCAUUAGUAGAACUUUGUUUAGUAGAGGUACCCCAGAUGUGAAGAAUCCAUAUACAUGGAUAUCUACAUUCUUAAUUGGACAGAGUAUAUGGCUGAUCUCUACACCAAUGGCACAAUCACACGAAAUUUUAAAACCAAAUGUGGUUUAUGAGACUGGAGAGUUAUUUGAACUGGGAAUUCAGCUUUCAUACUUGCUACUAUUGUUGGGUUUUCUUGGGAUUGGAACCUUCUUUGUGAUUCGUCAAGUGCUUGUACGUAGAGAACUUGAUCUUUCUGCCAAAGAAUUGCAGGAGCAGGUAAGAAGUGGUGACGCUAGUGCAACUGAGCUUUUUGAACUUGGAGCAGUAAUGCUGAGGAGAAAAAUUUAUCCAGCUGCUACAAAGUACUUGGUUCAGGCAAUUGAGAAAUGGGAUGGGGAUGAUCAAGAUCUUGCUCAGGUUUACAACGCCCUUGGGGUCAGUUAUGUCCGUGAUGGGAAGCUUGCUAAGGGUAUUACCAUGUUUGAAACUGCGGUGAAGCUUCAGCCUGGCUAUGUAACUGCUUGGAAUAACCUUGGGGAUGCUUAUGAACAGAAGAAAGACUUUAAGUCUGCCCUGAAUGCAUUUGAAGAAGUCCUUCUUUUUGAUCCUAACAACAAAGUGGCGCAACCACGGCGAGAUUCUUUGAAGGGUCAAGUGAAAUUGUACAGAGAUGUCCCCGUUAAAACAAAGGAGAGAUAAUAUGACCCAGUAUGUAUCAAGAGAUGUUCUACUGUUGGUAAAGAUUUAAUUAAGCCACACCUUAUUAUAUUGGUGUGAUGAUCUGAAAUAGCUAGUGAUAGUUGAGAAUCAAUGGUCUUACAUGGUCCCAGAUUACUGACUGAAUGGUCCCAUUUUGCGUUUCUAGCAUCUGAGUAAUUUGAUCUGUACAACUUGAUUCAUAAGUAACUGCUCUUUGUUGUAUAAUCAUUGCCUCAUCGGAUAUCAGUAUGUAUCGUCAUCAUUGGGAUAUCAGUAACAGCCCUUUGAGUUUUGAACUUUCCAGCUUCCAACCUUGUAUUCUUGCAUAGUCAACAAUUAAAUUUCCAAGGCUAUAUUGUUUAAAAUCC